AUGGCGCACGCGGGCGCGCCGACGCGGUCGAGGACCAGGGUGGUGAUCGCCGCGAUCGCGGGCGCGGUGUGCGGCGUCGCGGCGUGCUACGCGUACGCGUACGGGUCGGAGAUCUUCUCAGUGAGCGGUGGACGGCGAGCAAAGAGGGUGAAAGAAAACGUCUCCGACGAGGAGGCGACGGAGGAGGAGGAGAUCGAAGAGGCGGUGGUGACGGCUGAAACGGCGGUGAUCUCGCGCGCGGGCGCGGCGGCGACGCGAAGGAUGAGAGAGAAGACGGAAGAGACGUCGGGGACGGCGCGUUCGGAGGAGACGCGCGCGACGCGCGAGUCGACGUCAUCGAUCGACGUCAAACACACCGCGAACGCGACGGCGGUGUACGAAUCGCUCGAGAUUGCGUUCGCGAUGGGUGGUUUGGACGCUUCUGCGUUGACGCCGCGACGAUUCUUUAGUUUCGGUCGGUGGCCCGAAGCCGGCGUGUGGCCGCGCAAAUACGCGGAGCUCAGUAUGCCGCUAGAUUGCGCGAGAUUGGUGAUCAUAUCCCUCGAAGAUGCCCCGGCGAUCGUGGCAGCCGUGCAGGGAGCGACGCGUGAGCUCAUACGAUUGGUUGGAGGGAAGAUGGACGCGUUCGCGCCGGGACGCCAAGAACUGCACGUGACUCUGUUUCACGUAUCGAGGACUUUCGAGUAUGUGCAAGCCCCGGCGACAUUCGCGGUCGAGAACGCGUCGGGAACUACUCGUACACUCCCGCGAACGUUACCGAUCGAGAACGCGAUCGCGUUUGAGGAGAGCGCAAUCGCGGACGCGGUGAAGGGGUGCGGCACAUGCGAGCUGGAGGUCGAUCGGGUGUGCCUCGCCCCGAGCGGCUGUUUGCUGCUCUGUUUCAAGGACGUGAAUGGCGGAUCGCAGGUUGUGCGCGAACGAUUACGAGACAAGGUCGUGGGCGCCGCAACUAAGCAAAACGACACACUACACUGCACCCUGGCUCGAUUAUUUCCCAAGACGGAGGACUCUCAAUUGGACGACACAACCGUCGCCGCAAUAAACGUCAUGUGCCAGAAGGUCACCAGCUCCCUUCGCCACGCUCGAUUUACCGCUAGAAAUCUUACGUACGUCGUCGAGGAACACUACGGUCGCACCGACGGGCGUCGAUCCCGCAUCAUGCUCUAG